CACCGCUACGCUUGUACAGUUGAACAUUCUGAAUCAAGGCGACAUGCUUUGCCAUGGCUGCUAUGGAUUUUGCCUUCGCUUCCACUUCCGUGCUUUCUCCAGUCCCUCAGUUCAUCCAGUCGAACUGCAACAGUGGCGAAAAGGCUUGAAAGACUGGAGCUCCGGUGGAUGGCUUCACAUGAAUGCAGCAGGAGCAUCUCCCGCGUCUCAGGAGGUCCAUGAUGCCACCAGCAAGAUGUUGCAGCAAGAGCGCGAGCUAGGAGGUUAUGAGGCAGAAGCACGGUACCGGCAGCAUGGCCGAGAUGCAAGGCAAGCAGCAGCAGAGCUUUUGGGCUGCGAUGCCGAGGAAAUUGCGUUGACUGAAUCGGCUCAAAGCGCUUGGGCUAAAGCCUUCGGCUGCUUAGACUUUCGACCAGGAGAUCGUAUUUUUUGUUGGGCCAGCGAAUAUGCAGGAAACGCUGUGGCAUUUUUGCAGGCAAAGAAAAAAGGAGCUCAGCUGAAGAUUUUGCCAAUGCAAGCUGAUGGGACAGUGGAUGUUCAAAGCCUUUGUCGCGAAUUGGAGUCACCCAGCUCUUCCCGCUCUGUGGUGGCCCUAACCCAUGUGCAAACAAACUCGUCCAUCAUUCAGCCCGCUGCCAGGGUGGGUGAAAUUGCAAAGAGAUUUAAUGCGAUUUUCUUGCUUGACACUUGUCAGUCCAUUGGUCAGUUGCCUGUGGACGUCCGAAGUUUAAAUUGCGAUUUCGCUUGUGGUACGGGUCGCAAGUGGCUCCGUGGUCCAAGAGGUACUGGGAUUUUGUAUGCUCGCAAAAGCGCUCUGCCCAUGAGCAAGGAUGGAAGAUUGGAGCAUUCAGAUAGUGUGUACAAGCUUGUGGGUGAGCCUUUGAUGAUUGAUCACGUUGCAGUGUCAUGGACUUCCUCAGAGACAUAUCAACUGUCACCCGGGGCCCGACGCUUUGAAAUGUGGGAAUCUUCACCUGCAUUGCACGCCGGCUUGGCCGCAGCCAUUGAUGUUUGCAAAAGCAUUGAACCCUAUCGCAUUUGGAAGCGGUCCAGUUUCUUAGCAGAAUUGUUACGGCAAAACCUUCGACAAAUUCCAGGUCUUCGCAUUCGGGAUGCACCUGAAGAAUUCGCAGGUCAGCGGUGUGCGAUUGUGACCUUUGAGGCAUCUCAACUGGGAAUUGCAUCGGAGUUCAUCAAGGAUGUCUUGGCCCAACGACGCAUUACGUCCUCGGUGGCACCACCAUUUCACACGUUCAACGAGCAAGAAUGGGCUCGUCCUUCCACUCUUCGCUUGAGCCCCUCAUACUACAACACAGAAGAUGAAGUUUACACAGUUGCCAAUGCAAUCCGAGAGAUAGUCCAAAAUGGCGCCUUUGAGUGGAGCGCAGCAGCGCUUCUGUCAGAUCCGUUUGUGUUUGGCGCGACGCGUAAACGUCCGUUGACUGUAACCCUUUUUCGGUCCAAGGUUCAGCAAGAAGCGAUCUGA